AUGGGAGGGUUAGGUGGCAAAGUUAGUUAUGAGGGUGAGGUUGGAGGGUUAGGUGGGAGUGUUAGAUUGGAAGGCUCUGACUUCAUUGCUUGCCCUCUCUGUUUUCUCUCACAAUUUGAUUUGACGCAACUGUGCAAAGUAUUGGGUGACAAGAGGCCUGAAACACAUACCUUUCACUUCCCAUGGGGAGAGUGCACCAUCACACUUGAAGAUGUUGCACUUCAUCUAGGCAUUAGAGUCGAUGGUCGUGUUGUGACUAGACCUAGCUUCUUACAUUGGGAUGAGUUAUGCCACGAGUUACUAGGGAAAGUCCCUCCCGAAAAUGCACGUAAAGGAGCUGCACUGAAGUUGACAUGGUUGCUAAGCAUGUUACGUGCAUCAUUGCCUGAAGAACCAAUAAUGCACCAACUACAAUGCAGAUGGAGUGGUGGUAGAUUAGAAUAUAGGGCCACACCUCAUGGUGACUUGGUCAGAUAUAGGUCUCGUAUAGAUCAUAUGGAGAGCCACGAGUUUUCUUGGGUCCCAUAUAAAGGAUUUGAAGAACACCUACCCAGAUGUGCAUAUAGAGACAUGGAGAUUUGGUUUGCAUGUAUUGCAAUUAUUUGUUUCUCGAUUGUUGAAUGGCAUCAAACAAACCGGGUGAAGCUACAGUUUGGACUACAACAAGAUAUCCCUGUUGAUCCCAUGAAUCUUGAUCUACUUCACAAAAUUUACAUGCGAGGCAAUCAUUACAUUGAUUGGAUAGAAUACCAUGCAGAGUGGAUUAAUAUCUGGAAAAACAAACGCAGUGAUGUUUUAGCUGGGUAA